AUGGGUGGAACUAAGGAACACUCCGCUAGAACCCGAUCUUCGGGUGUCUCAUUCGAUCCGCCAGUUACUCAUGAUAUGGUACGUUCUUUGUUUGAUCCCACUGUGAGAAAAUCGUUUCUAGAAGUAUGCAUUACGCUGGCACUGGCUUCUAAUUUUUGGCUAUGUUACUGGCUAUUGCAAACGUAUGGACUGAGUUUGGCGAAGAAUGUCUUUUUAUUCCAGUAUUUCUUUUGGAGACUGGCGUAUAACCUUGGAAUUGGUACAGUACUUCACUAUCAGUCGCAUUAUGAAUCGUUGACCAAAUUAGCUAAAAGGAAUAAACUAUUCCAGAAGGGAAAUAAAUCGUUCUUGGCUAGGUUUUGUCAAUUUGAAUUGUCUACUAAGAUGUCCAAAGAUUACCAUAUGUAUUCUAAGCCUGAAGAAUUAAAUAUAUGGCUCCUUUUUCGUCAGUUUGUUGAUCUCAUCUUGAUGCAGGAUUUCUGCACGUAUAUCAUCUACGUUUACCUGUCGCUACCGCAAGACAAGUCGGAAUUAAUUAACUGGAAGACCGCAGUAGGGAUCUCCAUGAUACUUUUUAAUGUGUGGGUCAAGAUCGAUGCGCAUCGUGUGGUAAAGGACUAUGCCUGGUAUUGGGGGGAUUUUUUCUUCUUGCAGGACUCAGAACUUGUCUUCGACGGUGUAUUUAACAUCUCACCACAUCCCAUGUAUUCCAUUGGUUAUUUGGGUUAUUAUGGUUUGUCGUUCAUAUGUGGCGAUUAUCGCGUGCUGCUGGUGUCACUCUUUGGUCAUUACUUGCAGUUUUUGUUCCUGAAAUAUGUUGAAUCUCCUCACAUCGAGAAAACUUAUGGGAAAGAAACCAGCGAUGGGGCCGAAACUAACAGUAAGAUUGAUGAUCUAAUUGCAAAGAAAAACUACAAUUACUCGAGGCCUUUGAUCAAUUCGGGGAUCUGCUUUAUUAAUUUUGAUCCUCUAAGGUUUUCCGAUUACUUUACUUUAGCAACAUCAGCCUCUUUGAUCCUUUGGAUGAUUUUCAUUAAGCCAAGUGAUACGCUUCUUUUCAACUUGACCCUGGGAACCAAAGUUUUCUCUGCCAUUGCUGUCUCAUUUAUAUUGUACAAACAAUCUAAGGAAAAAUGGUUCACUAAGCUAUACUUGCGAAACGGGCAUACACAGGUUCAUUCAUACCAGCAAUGGCAAUUCAUUUACAACUUUUCUUUGUGUCUCACCUAUACUUUGCUUGGCUGCCAGACUAUUUCACGGAUCCGUGCAUUAUACCCAAACGUUGAGAAAACCCAGCUAAUCUUUGGAUUACUACUUUGUGCACUUCAAUCGUGGUGUAACUCAGAAAUUAGGUCUGCCAUAUAUGAUUUUGGCUGGUUUUACGGUGAUUUCUUCCUAAGCAACUUUAUUACAAAGAAGGAUCUUACCUCACAUGGUAUAUACAGGUACUUGAAUAAUCCAGAAGCGUUCCUGGGUGUCGCGGGUAUUUGGGGAACUGUAUUGAUGACAAAUUUUUACUGGGAAAACAUUGUACUGGCAUCGGUAUGGACAGUUUCAAACUUUAUUUUAGUCAGGUUUAUUGAGCAACCUCAUAUGAACAGAAUUUAUGGGGAAAAGGUACGUGUGGGAGGAAUUGAAAAGACGCUUUUAGGCUCAAAGACAUGGCGUAGAGUUUCUGAAAUUGUUGAUAAAGUCGAAGGAGUUAUGAUCAAAUCAAUGCUGCAAAAUACAGAUCAAGAGGGUCAGUCUGCACUGUCCGAUAGCGCAGAAGACUUGAAGAUCGGUACUAGCGUCGAGCUGGACAAUUUGGAAGAGGCUGUCCAGAAUGCCCUGUAUAACGUUACCUCAAAGCUCUCACCAAAUUGUUCGCUUGAAUUUGCAAACUAUGACGUGGGCAGCUUUCCUGUCGCUGAGCCGAUCACUUUAACAUGGCAAUUGCCCUCGUCCUUGUACAAGAGUCAAGAUUGGAUUGGAUUAUACAGUGUGUUAAGGACUGGUAGCGAUCGUCAAAGAACAAAGGUCUCAUCUCUAGGUCACUGGAGCGCUACGUCUCGGGAAGGGUACCCCAAUGAUCCAAAGAACACAAACACCAUUGUCGAGUUUGAACAGAGUGCUUCUUUGACCAAAGGUAAAGUCACUUUCGAUUUCAACUUGUUGAUUUUUGAGCCCGGUACUUAUGAGUUCAGAUAUCACAGUGGUAAUUCUCACAAAGUUCUUCUUGUCUCGAAACCGUUUGAGGUAGUCGCACCCAAUCUUUCCAUUGAUUCCCCACGUAAAUUGACUCAAGAGCUCACUGAACUUUUGACUAAAGUAAAUGUUCUGAACAACGGAAGACUUGAUAACAGUGGGAAUAGGAACUUUACGUUGGGCACAUUCAAAAACCUGAUAAAGAAAUCUCUAGGCGUUGAGCUGUCAUCCGACUACAUAAAGAGAGUCGAUUGUGAUAUCAGCGUUAUUUCAGAGAGACUGUGCCAUAUUAAGAAUGUUCUUGAUAGUCUGGAAUAG